CCCUCCUCUGCGUUGCCUCCAUCCCUUUCUCUCAUCAAACAGCCAUGUCCAACCUUGCACCCCCCCAGCUUACUGCGGGCAAGUCGCCUCGCACCAGGGGCGUGUCUGCCAUGCACUUCAAAAGCGCUACCACCGGGGUCGCUACCAAGACCAUGCGCAAUGAGCUCAACAGGCUUGUCCAGACCGUCCAGGACCCUGCUCAGAAGAGGGCAUUUGAUACCGAGAUGCAAUCCUUCUUCUAUCUCUUCACCCGCUACUUGGCGGAGAAAGCGAAGAGCCAGGACUUAGAGUGGGACCGUAUCAAGUCGCCUGCUGCCGACCAGAUCGUUCCUUACGACAAGCUCCCCGAAGUCAGUGACCCCAAGGCGCUGAACAAGCUUGCCGUCCUCAAAGUUAAUGGUGGUCUCGGCACGUCUAUGGGUAUGACGGGCGCGAAGAGCGCUCUAGAGGUGAAGGAUGAUAUGACUUUCCUCGACCUGACUGUGCGCCAGAUUGAGCACCUGAACACAACCCAUCGCGUCGACGUGCCGUUGAUCCUCAUGACCUCGUUCAACACCCACGACGACACCCUCCGCAUCAUCAAGAAGUACGCCAACCAACAGCUCCGCAUCACCACCUUCAACCAGUCACGAUACCCCCGCAUCCUCAAGGAGACCCUCCUCCCGGCCCCCAAGACGGCAGAUGAAGACAAGAAGAGCUGGUAUCCCCCUGGCCACGGUGACCUAUACAAUGCCCUUCUCCACUCUGGUGUCCUUGACCAGUUGAUCGCUGAUGGCAAGGAGUACCUCUUCGUGUCUAACUCGGACAACUUGGGUGCCGUUGUUGAUCAGAAGAUUCUCCAGCACAUGAUCGACUCCGAUGCUGAGUUCCUCAUGGAGGUUACAGACAAAACCAAGGCUGAUGUCAAGGGUGGUACCCUCAUCGACUAUGAUGGCCAAGUCCGUCUCCUUGAAAUUGCUCAGGUGCCUUCCGAGCAUGUGGAGGACUUCAAGUCUGUUCGCAAAUUCAAAAUCUUCAACACCAAUAACAUUUGGAUCAACCUGAAGGCGCUGAAGCGUAUCAUGGACAACGAUGGCAUGGAGCUCGAGAUCAUCAUCAACCCCAAGCAGACCGAUGACGGCCAGGCAGUCAUUCAGCUUGAGACCGCCGCUGGCGCUGCCAUCAAGCAUUUUAAGAACGGCCACGGUAUCAAUGUCCCUCGUAGCCGCUUCCUGCCCGUCAAGAGCUGUUCCGAUCUGCUGCUCAUCAAGAGCGACAUCUACUCGCUUGAGCACGGUCAGCUCGUCAUCAAUGAGAACAGGAUGUUUGAGACAACUCCUGUCAUCAAGUUGGGCGACCACUUCAAGAAGAUCCAACAAUUCCAGAAGCGGUUCAAGAAGAUCCCGCAGAUCAUUGAGCUCGAUCACUUGACAGUGACUGGCGAUGUCUACUUUGGCCGCAAUGUCACUCUGCGUGGCACUGUCAUCGUUGUCGCGAACGAGGGUCAGCGUAUCGACAUUCCCGAUGGGUGCAUCCUUGAAAAUCGUUUGCUCUCUGGGAACUUGACCAUGACCGAAUUGUGAUCACUUCUCUCCAACGCCCCUACCGCAGUCUGACAUCAUUUCACAUCAACAUCGUACUAGUCAUGCAUCUAUACCUUACACGUUCGCUACGAUAGCAUCGUUUCACAUCUACACCAUACAUCUCCUAUUCUCCUCCAUAUACCCUCGUGCUAUCGUCAUUUUCUUCCACCCGCUAGACUUGCAAAAUAAAGGACGUUCCGGAUGGACAGAAUUACUCUCGGUCGCAUUAGCUCACAGUUGAUCAUCCAGCGCAGACUUUCAAAGCAAACAUCUAAUAUAUUCUACACACUCG